UAGCGCCGCCCUGUAGCAGGGAGCCAGUAAACAGCAAUCAGCGUAAAAUCUGUUGCGUUCAAAGACCGCAUCGGCCAACUGCUGAUGUACUGAUAUCGAGAUAAGGAUGGCCUCUCCUCAGCCUGGCAGCCCACCUCUCGCAGAGCAGCACACACACCCACCCGAGCAAGAAGAAGAAGAGAGCCAACAAGAAGAAGAAGAAGAAGAGGAGGUGGUGAGGGAUCAGUCUGCUAAAAAACGUGGCAGAGGUAGGCCUCCAAAAACCAAACUCCUCUUCAAAUGCUCCACGUGCACUGAGACUUUUAGGAGUCUGUCAGCUCUGCAGAGCCACAUGUUGUCAGCACAUGCAAAGCAGCAACAUGUGUGUUUUGAGUGUGCAAAAACAUUUCCCAACAAAGCUCAGCUCUCCAAACACGAGCGCACCCACUCGUCCCAGCGCCCCUUUCAGUGUCCGGAUUGUCACAAAGCUUACAAGACGUGCACCGAGCUGCGGAACCACAGCCGCUCUCACACCGGAGAGAAGCCCUUUGUGUGCACCGAAUGUGGGAAAGCCUUCAUGCAGGCGAUAUGUCUGAGGAUCCAUAUGACGCAGCACAGUGGCGAGCGUCCCUACUCGUGCCACCAGUGCUCCAAGAGUUACCCCACACUGUCCAAACUGAAGGUGCACGAGCGCUCUCACACUGGAGAGAAGCCGUACUUCUGUGCUGAAUGUGGGAAGAGUUUCGCGGAUCCCUCGGUGUUCCGAAAACACAAGCGGAAUCACCAGGGCCAUCGGCCGUAUGCUUGCAGCGAGUGUGGCAAAACGUACACUGAGCUGAAGGACCUAAAGAACCACGAACGCUCGCACACCGGAGAAAAGCCGUUUCUGUGCUCCGACUGCGGUAAAGCCUUCUCCCGCUCUUCAUCGCUGGCCUGCCACCAGCGCAUUCACUCUCAGAACAAACCCUAUCAGUGUGAGCUGUGCGGGAAGGGCUUCACUCAGCUGUCGUCCUACCAGUCUCAUCUCCGCACACACUCAGGUGAGAAGCCUUUCCUCUGUCCCCAGUGCGGCAAGAUGUUUUCCGACCCCUCCAGUUUCCGUCGGCACCAGCGAGCUCACUUGGGUUUCAAGCCCUAUCCCUGCGAUAAGUGUUCGAAGCGGUUCCGGCAGCCGGCUGAUCUCGCUGUGCACGAGCGGGUUCACUCUGGAGAGAGGCCGUACAAAUGUCAGAGCUGCGACAAGGCUUUUGUGGCGUCCUGGGAUCUGCGGCGCCACAUGCUCGUCCACACAGGUCUCAGGCCCUUCUCGUGCACAGAGUGCGACAAGUCGUUUGCCGAACGCUCCAGCCUCAACAAGCACCGGCGCGUGCACUCUGGAGAGAGGCCUUUCAAAUGCGAGGAGUGUUUGAAGUCCUUCGUUGUGUCCUCAAGCCUGCGCAAACACGAGAGGACUCACCUCGCUGAGCAGUCGGAGCAGAAACAGCAGCAGGAGGAGGCUGGUGACGCUGCAGCCACGUCCAGCUUCACUGCCCCGGCAACUCUCCCUCAGUUCUCCUGUAGUCACUGCGACGUGACGUUCAGCACCUGGGAGGAAGUUCAGGCCCACGAGCCUCUUCACUCAAUUGACUCCCCUCCUCCGGCUGUUACCAAGCUCGUGCCCUUGGGCUCGCACGUCUGUGAAACCUGUCACACAGAGUUUGCACAGCUGGCAGACUUACAGGAGCACGAGAAGCAGCAUCCAAAGCAGAGGCCGCACGUCUGCGACAGCUGCGGCAAAGGCUUCCUUAAUAAAUCUGGACUGCGCAAACACCAGAAGAUCCACUCGGCCAGCAAACCGCACAACUGUCCUCACUGCGGCAAAGCCUUCCUGUUUGCUGCCUACCUUCGCAAGCACUUACGGACUCACGCCGGCGCUACAGCACAAACCAACGAUCUUCAAAUUAUUUGCCUGGACCCGCUCCCUUCUUCCCCUCCUGCCGGUGAAGUUUCUGCCUCCACCAUCGAACCCAGUGCCAUUUCUCUGACUGUUCCCGUGACUUCUUUUCAGGCUCUGCCCGAGUACUUAGUCAAAGAUGAACUUUAA